ACAACGACGUCGUACUAUCAGCUAUCAGGCGUCAGCGUUAUAAAAGCAAAACCCUAAUCCGCGAAAACAUUUCUUCACUCCUUCGUUGUUGCGCCUCCACUUACCAGCAGCCGCUUCGGAGCUACACGCCUACACCCCCACAACCCAUCUGCAAUCAUGUCUUUGGUAGCAAAUGAAGAUUUCCAGCACAUUUUGCGUUUGUUGAACACCAACGUUGAUGGAAAGCAGAAGAUCAUGUUUGCAAUGACUUCAAUUAAGGGUAUUGGCCGUCGUUACGCCAACAUUUGUUGCAAGAAGGCCGACAUCGACAUGAACAAAAGGGCUGGUGAACUGACAAAUGCAGAGCUAGAAACUUUGAUGACAGUUGUAGCAAAUCCUAGGCAAUUCAAAGUCCCAGACUGGUUUCUCAACAGACAGAAGGACUACAAGGAUGGAAGAUACAGUCAGGUUGUUUCUAACCAACUUGACAUGAAACUCAGGGAUGACCUUGAGCGUCUGAAGAAGAUCAGAAACCACCGUGGUCUCCGUCACUACUGGGGUCUGAGAGUGCGUGGACAGCACACCAAGACUACUGGACGUAGGGGAAAGACUGUUGGUGUCUCCAAGAAGCGUUGAAAAUAUGUUGCUGUUUCUUUAUGGAUCUUCUAUCAUAAAUCAUGUAUUGUUUUUUCGUCUGCUAAAAGCCCUGAGAUUUGAGAAUUAGUAAUACUGUUUUGGCCAAUUCAGACAGUUUUUGUUAUUUUUGUAGAUCAUAGCUUCCAACUUGUUCAUUUUGUUCGGAGGUUAUACGGUUGCAGACUUAGCAGUACUGCGGUAGUAAUGAGAAAAAUAUGCGGUGGUUUUUUUGGUUUA